AUGUGCUGUUCCAAACCAAACAUCCUCUCUCCCCUGCAGCUGGUGAUCAUGUUGAUUCUGGCGAUUCUCUCCAGGAAAAACAAAUUCUGCCAAGGAUUCACCAGAGGAUCCUCCAGCAUCUUCAGUCCAAACAACUUCCUGGACCAGACUCAGGAAAAAGGCCUGGUCAUGGCUGUGUUCGGGCUGCUGUUCAGUAAGCUGGCCGUGCUGGUGAUCGCCCCAGACCCGCUGCCUUUCUGCAAAGAUACUCCAGGGGAAAUUAAAGAGUACAUGAAGAUCAUCUCCAUCUUCUACUAUCCCGUCCUGUAUUACCCUCUGUUGGUCUGCGGCACUCUGCAGCGCAGAACCGGUUACGUGUUCGGGGCGCUGCUCUCCUUCAGUCACUUCGGGGUCCUGGUGUGGCAGAAGUUCGACUGUCCCAAGACUCCGGAGAUCUAUAAGUACUACGCUCUGUUUGCCAGUCUUCCUCAGCUGGCCUGCCUCGCGUACAUGUGCGUCCAGUUUCUGUUGCUUUUUGUCAAAGGACCAAAGACUGAUGAGGACCUGGACAGCAGCUACUACACCAACUAUGUGAAAGAGCUUCUGAAGAAAAGGUCCUCUGCUGUCAGCUCUUCAUCUGCAGACAAACCAACACUUGUCGAGAGAAUACUGGAGGUUCCCAAGGGUUAUAUUUAUAUACCAGAAAAAGUGUUUCGUUUUCCAUUAAAAUUGGCGGUAUCUGUGUUCGUGGCCCUCGUGGCAAUAUAUCACGCGGCGUUGUUGUUGGUCGUCCUGGUCGUCCCGACUCUCCACAUCGUCCGUGCAGGCAUUGAUGAAAACAUCGCCUUCCUGUUGUUGGGGUUUGGGAUCGUUCUAUCAGACGACAGGAUGGAGGUCGUCAAGAUCGUGACUUUCUACACGUGGUUGCUGGAAGUGUGCUACCUGUGUGCCAUGACUCUGUCUUGUCUGGUCAGUCUGGCCAUGCUCAUGAGGUCUUUGGUUCUCCACAGGUCAAACCUGAGGGGACUGUAUAAAGGAGACAUUUACAGCAUCUAUAACAGCCAGAAGAGCCUCUGUCCAUCCAAAGCUGGGGUCGUGUGUUGGAUGGGUCUGACGGGAUACCAGGCUGCAAUCAUCUGCCUCGGAAUGGCCGUCCAGACUGUCGUGUUUUUCAUCUGCUUCCUGUUCCUGGUGUUUCUGAUCAUCAUCCCUGUUUUUUAUGGACGUAACCUCAUCGUCUUUGAAAUCGCAGGAAAGGCGUGGCCGGCCUGGCUCACACUCCUGCUGGUCACACUCCUUCAACAUGUGACUGCUAAGUUUGCUUUCAUUAAAAAAGAAGCUGGAACAAGAGACUUGAAAAACAGAGACAGCCUGUUCCUCUUGACCUACCUGCUCUUCCUGGUCAACACCGUGCUGGGGCUGAUAGUCGCCAUCUGGAGGAUGGUGAUAACGGCUUUGUUCAACAUCCUCCAUCUUGGUCGUGUCGACAUCAGUCUGCUGCACCGCACGUCAGAGUCCUACGACCCAGCCUACCGAUACUACACCCAGUUCCUGAGGGUGGAAGUCAGCCAGUCUCACCCGGUGAUGAAGGCUUUCUGUGGGCUGCUGCUGGACAUGAUGGUGGAGGGAGGCCGAGCUGGACAGAAAAUACGAGAUGCAGAGGAAGGGAUUCAGGUGACCACACUGAGCAAGGCGACCAGCAGCCAUAGGAUUCGUGCUCGCUGGCAGCUGAUGUACACGCUGGUCAACAACCCGUCGCUGCUGGGCUCCAGGAAGCACUUCCAGACGCUGCAGCCCUCGGAGGGCGUCGUCAACGGCACGCCCAAGAGAGGCAGCAAGAAGGAGGCCUGCAAGAUGGCUGCCGAGCCCGUCCAGGCCGCCAAGACCCCGACGAAUCAAGAUAAAACGGAUUGAGACACAGUACGGUCGGUUGUUUACUCCAAAUAAAAUAAUGUGCUCGGAAGAAAACAGUAAACUUUGUGUAAGUUCUGGUCGGGAGGAAGAGGUCAGGGUGAGUUCAAAUGAAACUCAAGAGUUCAGCAGCACACGAUACUUUGAAACCACUGAUUUUAUUAUCUUUAUUUUAUCUUCUCACGUCUCAGUCCGUCUUUGUGAACAGUAUCUAUGGUAUUAGUGUGGUAUAUG